AGACGUCACCAAAGCGCGCCGGAAGUGCGUAUCGGCCAUGCGCGGCUGCUGCCUAGAGGAGGAAAUUGGCUUCGGAGCGGCCUGGCUUCUGGGGCAAGGCCGCGGUGGCAGCGGCCUCUGCUUCUAUAAACUGAGGGCGGCGCGAUGGGAGACGAGAUGGAUGCCAUGAUCCCGGAGCGAGAGAUGAAGGAUUUUCAGUUUAGAGCACUGAAGAAAGUGAGACUCUUCGACUCCCCUGAGGAGCUGCCCAAGGAACGCUCGAACCUGCUUGCCAUAUCCAACAAGUAUGGGCUGCUCUUUGCUGGUGGAGCCAGUGGGCUGCAGGUUUUCUCUACGAAAAACCUGCUUGUUCAAAACAAACUUGGAGAUGAUCCCAAUAAAAUAGUGGACAAGGUCGAGAGCUUGCUCGUCCCUAUGAAAUUCCCAGUGCAUCACCUGGCCCUGAGCUGCGACAACCUCACGCUGUCUGUGUGCAUGAUGUCCGGGGAAUAUGGCUCCAUCAUCGCUUUCUUUGAUGUCCGGACGUUCUCAAAUGAGGCUAAACAGCAGAAACGCCCAUUUGCCUAUCACAAGCUUUCGAGAGAUGCGGGCGGCAUGGUGAUCGAUAUGAAGUGGAACCCCGCCGUCCCCUCCAUGGUGGCAGUUUGUCUGGCUGAUGGCAGUAUUGCUGUCCUGCAAGUCACAGACGUGGUGAAAGUGUGUGCCACUCUUCCUCCCACGGUGGCAGUAACGUCCGUGUGCUGGAGCCCCAAGGGGAAGCAGCUGGCGGUGGGAAAGCAGAAUGGAACUGUGGUCCAGUACCUUCCUACUUUACAGGAAAAAAAAGUGAUUCCUUGCCCUCCAUUUUAUGAGGCGGAUCACCCCGUGAGAGUGCUGGAUGUGCUGUGGAUUGGGACCUAUAUCUUCACCAUCGUCUAUGCUGCUGCAGAUGGCACUUUGGAGACGUCUCCAGAGGUGGUGAUGGCACUGCUUCCGAAAAAGGAAGAGAAGCACCCGGAAAUCUUUGUGAACUUCAUGGAGCCCUGCUACGGCAGCUGUGCAGAGAGGCAGCACCAUUACUACCUCAGCUACGUGGAGGAGUGGGAUCUGGUGCUGGCAGCAUCUGCAGCUUCCACAGAAGUCAGUAUCCUCGCUCGGCAAAGUGACCAGAUUAAUUGGGAAUCUUGGCUCCUGGAGGACUCCAGUCGAGCUGAGCUGCCGGUGACAGACAAAAGCGAUGACUCCCUCCCUAUGGGAGUGGCCAUCGACUAUACCAACCAGGUGGAGGUCGCCAUCAACGAAGAGAAGACUCUUCCUCCUGCCCCAGUUCUCCUGUUACUUUCAACAGAUGGUGUGCUUUGUCCAUUUUACAUGAUCAAUCAGAACCCCGGGGCUAGGCCUGUCAUCAGGACCCCGGAGUGGUUGUCACCAGAAGGCGAGCGACAGCCCAAGUCUUCAGGAAGCACUCCCACCACCCCGGUCUCCUCUCAGUCCCUGCCCAAACCGGAUGGCUCAGGGGCAGCAGCCCCUGCCUCCCUUCCCCCAGUGGCCCCUGCUGCUCCCGGUGCCACCUUUGCUCUGCCCUCUGCUGGGGUGACCUCGGCUGUGUUCGCCUUUGGCUCCUCGUCUGUGAAGCCCUCUGCGCCUGUCCCCGGGGAGCCCCCUCCAUAUCCCAGCGGCUCUGAUGGCCCCAAAGCAGUCCUGGGUGCCACCGCCCCCACCUUCUCCUUGGCGGCUCCCUCCAAGGGCUCCCUGGCCGCCACGCCUGCAGCUUCGCCUGUCACCCCAUCUGCUGCUUCCUUCUUCGGCUCCUCGGGUUUCAAGCCUGCCCUGGAGAGCACCCCGAUGGCCAGUGCAUCUGCGCCGCACUCAGGAGUGAAGCCCAUCUUCCCACCCUCAGCUGCAGUGGUCAAGGUGAACCUGAGUGAAAAGUUCACUGCUGUGGCCACCUCUGCUCCUGUUCUCAGCUCUCCGAGUGCACCAUCCAUGCUGCCCUUCUCGUGUGCAUCCAAGCCAGCUUCUCCUGGACUGCUCAGCCACCCCACACCUCUCUCAGUGCCGUCCAGCUCCACGUCUCUGAAGCCCAUGGUGGCUCUUGCACCCUCAGUGCGAUCCGCUCAGAGCAGCCCGGGUCCCACGCCCUCUAUGGUGCAGAAGUCGCCCAGGGUCACCCCGCCAGUGACGAAGGCCGGCUCUCUGCAGCCAAAGUCACUUCAGCCUCCUGUCUCAGAAAAACAGGGACAUCAGUGGAAAGACUCAGACCCUGUGAUGGCUGGGAUUGGAGAAGAGAUUGCACACUUCCAGAAGGAGCUGGAGGAGCUGAAAGCCCGGACUUCCAAAGCCUGCUUCCAGGUGGGCACCCCGGAGGAGAUGCAGAUGCUGCGGACAGAGUCGGCCGACCUGCACACCUUCCUUCUGGAGAUUAAAGAGACCACAGAGUCUCUUCACGGAGACAUAAGCACCCUGAAGACGACCCUGCUUGAGGGCUUUGCCGGUGUGGAAGAAGCCAGAGAGCAGGACGGGAGAAACCAUGACUCUGGGUAUCUCCAUCUGCUCUACAAGAGGCCGCUGGACCCCAGGAGUGAAGCUCAGCUGCAGGAAAUUCGGCGCCUCCAUCAGUACGUGAAGUUUGCUGUCCAGGAUGUGAAUGACGUCUUGGACUUGGAGUGGGAUCGGCAUCUGGAGCAAAAGAAAAAACAAAAGCGCCUGCUUGUGCCAGAGCGAGAGACGCUGUUCAACACCCUGGCCAACAACCGGGAGAUCAUCAACCAGCAAAGGAAACGGCUGAACCACCUGGUGGACAGUCUGCAGCAGCUGCGCCUCUACAACCAGACGUUCCAGUGGAGCCUGCCCUUGGCUGCGCCAGCCCAGAGCAGCACUCACAGCUUUGACAGCGACCUGGAAAGCCUGAGCAACGCUUUGUUAAAAACCACCAUCGACUCUCACACCAAGCCCUUGCCCAGGGUGCCAGGUAAACUGUCGCCGGUGAAACAGACACAGCUGAGAAACUUCCUGGCCAAGAGGAAGACGCCGCCAGUGAGAUCCACUGCUCCAGCCAGCCUGUCCCGGUCGGCCUUCCUGUCGCAGAGAUACUACGAGGACUUGGAUGAAGCCAGCUCUACGUCGUCCAUCUCCCAGUCUCUGGAGGGGGAAGAGGUGCGGGUGUCCUGCAGAGAUGACGAGGUGGUCCAGGUGCCCCGGCAUGCACCUGUGGUCCGCACACCCUCUGUUCAGCCAGGCCUCCUGCCCCAAGCGAUGCCUUUUGCCAAAUCUCACCUGAUCCAUGGCUCUUCGCCUUCCCCCGUGGGAGUAUCACUGUCUACAUCUGCUAGCAAAGUUGUUCCUCAGGGGGCCGACAGCACAAUGCUGGCGACAAAAACCGUGAAACACGGUGCUCCUGGGCCCUCCCACCCUAUCGCCGCCCCACAGGCGGCCGCAGCUGCAGCCCUGAGACGGCAGAUGGCCAGUCAGUCACCAGCUGUCAGCACUUUGACCGAAUCGACUCUGAAAAACGUGCCUCAGGUGGUCAACGUGCAGGAGUUGAAGAAUAAUCCCACAGCUCCCUCUGCAGCCAUCGGGUCUCCGGUGCCGUACUCCACCACCAAAGUGCCCCACCCCACGCUUGCCCCAGUGGCCACCAGCCAAGCCAAGCAGGGAUCUCUGAUGAAUUCCCUGAAGCCGUCUGGGCCCAUGCCAGCAUCCAGUCAGUUGUCACCUGCUGAUAAAGUCCCAGGGCCAGGGACGGCCAAGGUGGAAGCAGCUGUGACCCCGACUCCAUCUGCCGUGGGGCAGGGCAGCAAGCCCUUCUCGUUCGCACCGUCAGGGACUGGAUUUAGUUUUGGGAUAAUCACACCAACACCAUCUUCUAACUUCACUGGCACACAAGGGGCAGCAUCUCCCACCAAGGACUCAAGCCAGCUCGACACAUUCCCCUUCGGUGGGGCCAGCAAACCCUUUUACGAGACGGUCCCCGAAAGCACCACUCCCUCAGGACUCACACCAGUCCCCAGCGCUGCGAGAAAUGCUGCUACCUCUCUAGGGGAGCACCCCCCCUCCAGCAGCAGGCCUGGGGUACCUUCUGGAGCCCUACUGCCCACUAGCAAGCCAGAAGCCCCACCAUCCAAGCUGGGAGAACUUUUGUUCCCCAGCUCCUUGGCUGGAGAGACACUGGGAAGCUUCUCAGGGCUUCGUGUGGGCCAAAUGGAGGACUCUGCAAAGCCCGCCAGUAAGUCUCCCUCCCCGAGCCUGGCUGGGGCACAGCCAGCCAAGACUCUGAGCACGGCCUCCGGGUUUAACUUCAGCAGCUCUCCCAUGCUCGGGAAGCCUGCAGAGCCCCCAGCAACUUCUGCUGUGGCCGCCAGCACCGAAGCGCCACUGGCCACCACCAGCACGGGGACAGGCAGCUCCUCAGCGGGGGUCUUUAGCAGCCUGCAAAUCGCCAGUGCAGGACCCUCUGGCACUGUCGGUUUUGGUGGGGCAUCACUAAGUGGAAGCAAGGCUGUCUUUUCCUUUGGAAGCCAGCAGACCAGUGACACUGCGCUAUCACCCACCCCCCCAGUGACGACACCAGCCGUUCCCCUCCCUGCAUCGUUCCCUACCUUGUCCUUCAGUGACCUCCUGAACUCAGUGCCCGCACCCUCCCUGCCCGUGUCCUCUGGGAAGAGCACAGAGGAGGCCAUAUCAUCAGCCCCUCCUGAGAAGCCGGGCAGCAGUGAGGGCUCCACAUCCACAGUUGCACUUCCUGUGCAGCCGCAGGCCACCCAGCCCCCCCAGGCUCCCCUGCAGACCUCUGACCCCGUGAAGAAGGAGCCCAUUCUUGUGCAGCCUGCAGCCAGCAGCCCCAGCCCUGCAGCACCUAGUGCCAGUCUCCCAGGACCUCCUUCAGAGGCCGCUCCCACAGCCCCUGGGGUCCUUGAUGUCAAGGAGGAGACAGCAUCUCCUGCUCCCAUCUUCACAGCACCCGGACAGGCUGCUGUCACAGCCGCCACAGCCCCAAGCAUGGGCUCUGCAGCCGUGGACGCUGCUCCGACCUCCAGCCCUGCUUGCAGCAGUGCUCCUGGCCCCACUGCAGAUACGGCAGUGUUUGGGACUGUCACCUCUGGCUCCUCUGUCUUUACUCAGCCACCUGCCGCCAGCGCCAGCUCAGCAUUCAGCCAGCUCACGAGCAACACAGCUACGGCCCCCUCCAGCACCCCUGUGUUUGGACAGGCGGUGCCCAGCACAGCAUCAAGUUUGUUUGGGCAGCAGACAGGCAGCACAGCCAGCACAGCCACCGUGGGACCACAGGUCAGCAGCUCAGGCUUCAGCAGCCCAGCCUUCGGUGCUUCAGGCCCGGCUGUCUUCGGCCAGACAGCAUUUGGGCAGGCCCCAGCCUUCGGCCAGGCAACCAGCACCCCCGUAAGCAGCUUCUCCUUCAGCCAGCCCGGGUUCAGCUCUGUACCUGCCUUUGGCCAGCCUUCUGCCUCUGCCCCUGUGUCCACAAGCGGCAGCGUCUUUGGGGCCUCAUCGAGCACCAGCAGCGCCAUCUCCUUCUCUUUCGGACAGUCCUCUGCCGGCACCGGGGCAGGGCUGUUUGGCCAGAACAACCCUCCUGCCUUUGGCCAGAGCCCUGGCUUCGGGCAGAGUGGCUCCAUGUUCGGGGGUGCCGCAGCCACCACCUCUACAGCCACGCCUUCAGGCUUUAGCUUUAGUCAAGCUUCAGGCUUUGGAUCUAGUAACACCGGUUCUGUGUUUGGUCAGGCAGCCAGUGCUGGCGGAACCAUCUUUGGCCAGCAGUCAUCCACCUCUGGCGGGAGCGUGUUCGGGUCUGGAAACACUGGAAGGGGCGGAGGUUUCUUCAGUGGCCUUGGAGGGAAACCCAGCCAGGAUGCAGCCAACAAAAACCCAUUCGGCUCGACCAGUGGGGGCUUUGGAUCUUCAGCUACCCCAAACACCUCUAACCUGUUUGGAAACAGUGGGGCCAAGAGCUUCGGAGGAUUUGCCAGUUCAUCCUUUGGGGAGCAGAAGCCUGCCGGCACUUUCAGCUCUGGAGGAGGAAGUGUGGCAUCCCAAGGCUUCGGGUUUUCUGCACCUAGUAAAACAGGUGGCUUCGGUGCUGCUCCAGUGUUUGGCAGCCCUCCUACUUUUGGGGGAUCCCCUGGGUUUGGAGGGGUGCCAGCAUUCGGUUCAGCCCCAGCCUUUACAAGCCCUCUGGGCUCGACGGGAGGCAAAGUGUUCGGAGAGGGCACUGCAGCUGCCAGCGCGGGAGGAUUCGGGUUCGGAAGCAGUAGCAACACCACAUCCUUCGGCACCCUGGCCAGUCAGAAUGCUCCUACUUUCGGGUCCCUGUCCCAGCAGAACUCCAGUUUUGGGACCCAGAGUGGCGGCUUCUCUGGUUUCGGACCCAGCACAGGAGCCUUCAGCUUUGGAUCCUCUAACUCUGACGCCCCAUCUCCAGGCUCCGCAGCCUCAGAAUCCAGGCCCCUUGCCAGGUGCAGGAGCUGACCCGGCUCUCGCUGCCUCAGGUCUGUCCAGGGCUUCGGCGGCUGGAGAAGCUGAGCUGGUGUCAUGGUCCCUUCAGUUCCUGCGACCAACUGUGCCUCUCGCCAGAGGACACAGGAGCAGCUGUCAGUGGACUUUGUCACCAAAAUGCACCCCCAAGAGGAAACAACGGAGACCAAAACCAGAGAUGCCUGGCCACGCAUCUUCCUGCCUCAUGGCCCGGGUUGGUUUCCCGCUCUUACACUGUUGGUCUGCUUCCGCCCUGAGCUGCUGUGGUGUGUUCAGGCCUCGGAGACGCUCCCACUCCUGUGCUGGUGUCUGGGAGGACCAUAGGGGUCACCACCUGGUCUGCAUCUGCGUCUCCUCGAGUCUGUGGUCCUGUAUGUCAGCCCCGCUCUGCCCGGGGCAAGCCCUGGAUGGCAUCACAGAGGGUUCAGCGGCAGCAGCAUGGUCGGGGUUAGUGUGGCUCCUGUUCAGUGUCCGUGGCCUGGCGGAGGUGGCGGUGUAGAGACAGCUCCAUAGCCACUGUGUGAGGGUGACCUUGGGAACCACACCUGGCUGGCCAACUGUGGCCAGGGUGGGGGACCCCGCUGUGCAGACUCCACUGGCAGGACAGUCGGUGACAUGGUUCACUCACACAGCCUCGAGAGCCUGGUUGCAGUUUGAUUAAAGUUCUGUCUUUCAGG